AUGGCGUAUCCGUACAUCGACACGCCGCGCACCGAAGUCGACGGAAACGCGACUUACUUGACCGGCUAUCGCAGCGUGGGACGACCCAAUUUGACGGCACUCGACUCAGUGGAAAAUUCGUUUGCUACGCCUUCCAAGGAUGAUGACCUUCUUAAGGGUCUUGGUGACGGUCGAAGGCGGACUUCCGGGAGUUUCAAGACUCAUACGCCGCGUGCAGGCGCAGCUUCCAAAUCGACAAGAAGCGCGUUAAAUAGUCGACAUCAGCUUCCUACCGCAGCGCCUCCCAAGGGUGAAUUUACGCCUCUUAUGAGGAGUGCCACGAAGAACAAUUAUUUGCGAAAUAUGUCUACGACGCGCGGACCGAAGACCCCGGGACAUAUAGGCAGGAGUUAUUUGAGCAAUGGCAACACGCCGGGCUUUCCUGGAAUGGAAAUGACCGAUAUUGAUGAGGAGGACGCGACCGAUGAUCAGCCCACUCCUAUCCCGCAGGUUGCAAGCAGCAGCGUGCAGAGCACACCGCUUCCAGGGUUGUCAAGGAACGGUGGUGUCCUUAAUGAGGGAAAUAAUAUGACAUUGAAGGAACAGGAGAAGAUGAUCGAUCAAUUAGACAAGGAUAAUUUCGGUCUUAAAUUGAAAAUUCACUUCUUGCAGGAGCAACUGGAAAAGGCCGGUCCCGCUUACAACCAAGCAGCACUUAAGGAAAACACAGAGCUAAAGGUCUCGAAAUUAACGAUGCAACGCGACAUCUCACGCUACAAGAAGAGCCUUCAGCAGGCUGAACGCGACCUCGAAUCGUACCGCAUACAAUUUCAGGAGCUCAGGGAGAAAGCGCGGGGAAGACCGACCGACGAUACGAUACAGCGCGAAAUGGAUUUGAUGCGGGAAGAGAUCGAAGCGAGAGACAACCAAAUCAGGGAGCUCCAGGAGGAUUUGAGGGAUGCCAAGGACAGCCAAUCUCAGGAGAUGGAGAAACUCCGUGACGAAGUUGAAGAUCUUGAGGCGUCGGUAAGAGAGCGGGAUCGGGCCAUCGAGGAACGCGACGAAGAGAUCGAGGAAUUGAAGGACAGAGACGGCAAGGAACGCGAUGCACUCACUGAGCUGGAAUCAGAACUGCAACGUGCGAAGGAGCAGAUGGAAGAGCUACAAGAGUCGCUGGAUCAGGCAAAGUCUGAUGCAAGAGAAGCGAGGGAUGCCGCAAGCCAAGCCGUCAUGGAGAAGGACCAGGCUCAGAAAGAUCUCCAAGAGUUGCACGAUGAGAUGGCGAACAAGUCUAUCAGUACAAGUGGACUGACGCGCCAGCUGGAGGAGAAGGCCAGCAAGUUGGAGGAGGAGCUUCGUGAGCUCCAACAAGAGAACAGCGCAUUGAAGAAAGAUAUCGAAACACGAUCUGAUCACGAAGCCCGACUUGAGGAGCGAUAUCGGGAAUCUCAGCAGCAGAUGAACGACAAGGAGCGGAAGCUUCAGGAUGAUGCUGCGCAGGCAAGACACGAGCGAGAUUUGGCCCAACAGGAAUAUGACAGGAUCUCCGCCCAAUUACAGGAAGCCCUCGACGAAGUCCAACGCAAAUCGGAGGAGAAAGAACUCCUACAAACCCGACAUCAUGCAUUGACGGACGAGUCCGGUGGCCUGCAGCAGGAGCUGGCGAGAGCGCAGUCUAAAAUUAAGGAGCUACAACAAGCCUUGGAGGAAGAGCAUCACCAUGCGCUAGACAAUACGAAUACUGUCCGUACUCACUACAAGGAAGAAGUCGAGAGACUACAAGAAGAGAUUGAGGCUCUCCACCACGAAAUCGAAGACAAGGAGGGCCAAUUUGCUCUCGAGCAAGACAGGUGGGAGAGCGCCAGGCGUGCCUUGCAAUUGCAGAAGGACAGGGCCGAGGAUCAGGCAGCUGGUUUCAAGCGCACAAUUGAGAAGCUUGAGCAAGUCGAACAUACUCUGUCCGGAAAGGAGAUGAAACUGCAAGAAGUCAUCGAUAGCGAAAAGACGCGCCACUUCAAUUCGGAGGCUGUUUUGAGCCGACAGGUCAAAGAACUGAACGAUGAUCUGACAUCAAAACGGGAGAUAAUUGAUGAACAGCGGAAUGAAAUCCUUUCUCUCAAGGAGGAUUUGAGGAUUGUUAGACGCUCAGAGGCAGCGCUUCAAGAAAAGAUCCAGGCUCUGGAGGAUGAAGUUGUUGUCCUACAAUCAAGCUUGGAGGAAGAACAGGAGUAUACCAAGGGCCGAACACAGAAAGGGUCUGCAGAACACGACAGUCAGAUCCAGAAGCUCAUCAGCGAGAAACAGAGACUCCGUGAUCAGCUGGCUAAUGCUCAUGUCGAAUUGCAUGACUUGCGGACGUCUGCUGCUGAGAUUGAGACCGAACGCGAUGAGCUUCAGGUCCAGCUGGAUCAGGCCCAAAAUCCAGUUGACGACACGACGCGUUUCGAUAAGGAAAAGGUCGAUCUCCGAAAAUCCGUUCUGCGGCUUGAAGGCGAGGUUAGACGCCUCAAGGAGGACAGAACCUCAUUGUUGGAAGCCAAGGAGACGCUAGAAAAACAGCUAAGCGCUGAGAUCGAGCGGGCUGCCCUGGAAGAGAACCGUCUGUCAGCCGAAAUCGACCAACUUCACGAUAAACUACACACGACUUCAGGUGGAAGGGAUCGCGAACUUGCAUUGACGAAGAGUAAGGCGCAACGCUACGAAAGACGCAUACAAGAGCUUGAGAACCUCCUUCAGCAGCAGCCACAUGCUGAGAACGAACAUUCGACUGCAAAUGGAGAUCUCUCAAUGCUUCGUCAUAGUCUGGACGAGGCUCGGAAGCGUGAGAAGACGUUGCUGCAGCGCGAAGCCGACCAGAAGUCGUCCGUCAGAAGUUACAAAGCACGGCUUGCUGAAUUGGAGAAGGAAUUGCACGAUGCGAUGAUGAAGAAAUACGAAUCCCACUCACCCUCCUCUUCACCCUCCAACAAACUCCAUGAUGAGCUCCGGAACCUACGGAAACAGCUGUCUGAGGCACACCGAACGCUACGGGAGGUCAAAUCGAAGAAUCGCGAUCUUGAAAGAGCCGCAAUGAGAGAAGAAGACCAGCGUGAUCUUCAUGAGCUACUCAAAUCAUCGACUCUGGAGGCUGAAUCGCUCGCGCUCAAGGUGUCAGAGCGAGAGGCCCGUAUGGCCGAGCUCAAGGCGCAAAUGCGCAGGAUCCGUGAUGAGCGUUCAUUCUGUGCUAGAAAGGCUGAAUCGGCAUUAAAGGAGCUGGAAGCCCUGCAAGAACGAUAUGACCAUCUUGUGGAGAAGAUGGGGACAAAGAGCGAGAGCAGUAAGACAAGGCAUGAGAAGGAGAUGCUCGGUCUAGGCAAGGAAAUCAUCUGGCUUCGUGCGCGACUGAAGCGUGAGGAGAAGUUCCGCCGUGACCUGGCUUGGAGUAAGGGCUUGAUGGAACUUGGCGAGCGUGUUCGGGUUGCCUGCAACGAAGCUGAUCUCCGCAUGAUCUCCGACAUGGGCGUCAAAUCCCGUGACCGCAACAAGACCCGCACUCCCCAAUCCAAGUUGAAGACUGCCGUCUCCAUGGUCAGGGCCGUCGUCCGCAUGCAAAGGAUGUGCCAAGACUGGAAGAAGACGAAGAAGCUUGGUGAGGGUCUCAGACGGGCGAAGAACGAGGUGCUGAAGAGGCGAGACGCUUCAUACAGUAAAUCCUGA